AUGUGGAUAUUUGACGAAUCUACAGAUUCACAUAGGUCUACACAUCGUACGGUAGAGGGGGCCCUAUCACAAAGCUCCCAGCUUUGACUCGAGCGGCUGUCUUCCCCGUUACAGCUUGGCACAAGUGAAAUCCAGCCCGCUUUCAGGAGCCACCCCCUUUAGCACGGACCAAAGUUAUCCCGGAAUAAAGACAGCACGCAUGUGCCGUCAACCCGGAUGUAGAAAUAUGUGCAAGCGUCUGUUCCCUAUUCCACCGAGUUAUGAUAAAUAUUGUCUUUUAAGAACAUCUUUUUAAUUGUAGCUCCGAGAGGACCAAGCUCUGCAGUUCCGAACCAGUCCAAACCGGGUUAACCAGCCAUAUGACACGUGACCACUUGAUAUCACAUCUGAGUGACAGCUGGGCAGUAAGCGAAGAGCUUUUCAUUUACAAGAUAACAAACGUGGUAGAUGUAAUGCUCAGGUAAACUAUGGAUAUUAAUUAUGCACGUGAGCACUUUACACCCUGUCGUUGCCGUGUUGUUCCUGAAGUUAGGAGGUGAACCGUUGUUUUCCCCCGUGUUAUUAUCCCCUCGAUACAUCUCGUAACUUAAAGAAUGGACUUUCGCGGCAGGAGGCACGAGCGAGGCAGCAACUGGACCGAUCCGGAGAUAGUGGAGCUUCUCCAGCUCUGGUCCGAUGAGUCGGUCCAGAUUGAAUUGGAGAGCUCGUUGCGCAACCAGCGUGUUUUUGACCGUAUAGCCCAUAUCUUGCGCGAAAAGGGGAUCUACCGCACCGGUGACCAGUGCAGGGAGAAGAUCAAGAAGAUGAAGCUGGAGUACCGCCGCAUCAAAGACAACUACAAGAUGAGGUCCUGGAAGUUCUAUGAUGUGAUGGAUCGGGUGCUUGCUAACCGACCCGCCGUCACCUACUCAUCUCUCGGGGGUGCUGUUAUUGCUCAACAGGUUUUUCAGAACCCCGGUGGGCCUGACGCAUACACGCAAGGACUUCCAGUAGGCACCUUUGGUCCUGCGUCCGCGGGUGGGUUUCUGUUUGGUCAGCCUCCAAAACCGGGAGAUCCCCUGGAUAUUAAAUGUGAGGAUGUUGAUGACAGCACUCUAAACUCAGGUGUUGCUCCCCCUGAGAUGUACUAUGGCUCUGGAGAUGAUCAGGAAACUGAUGGGCAGUCUCUGCUUGAGACAGAGGACACUCUGGGUGUGAGAGAGAGCUCAAGUAACACAAGAAUCUCACCUUCAGGUUUCAGUGAUCUGAACAUUGCAGGCUGUGCCUCAGCUGCCACCCAGUCUGUCGGUGCUCCUGUGCGAGAGGACACAUCUGAGCAGCGCAGUAAGGAGGGUCCUCCUCAUCGCCCCUCCUCUUUGAGGCAGAGGAAGCGCCGCCUGGGUGGCAGAACAUCAUGGGGCCAUGAGGGUGCUAGAUGCGGCAGUCAGAGCCGUCUAGAUAAAGCCCUAGCCAGCUUCUUAAACUGGCAGCAGUCGGCAGAAGAGCGCCUUCUGUCCCUGGAGGAGGCGAGGCUAGAGAGGGAGUUUGAGGCAGAGGAGCGCAGGGAACAGAGGGAGGACAGGAGAGCUGAACAAGAGCGCCAGCAUGAGCUUCGCCUGUUCAGCAUGCUCACAGGGGCAUUGGCUGCUGUCAGACAGAGUGCUCCAACCACUGCAACAACACCAACUGACUCCUCCCUCUCACACCCUGCUCAUCAGUCCGCUUGUCAUAUAACCUCAGAUGCCCCGUCUGUCUCAACUUCUUUAACUCACCUUGCUUCAGAAGCUCUUACAACACAGGCUGCGCCCCCUCAGAAGACAACCAAUUCAACCUGUCCAACAUCUGUGAAGACGUCCAAAAUGUCCACGUAUGAUUUGGCUGCAGAGAAGGUUGAUGAAACUCCUUCACAGAGUGUGUACCUGUCGAACCGUGGAAACAGCAUCAGACAAUUCCAAAGCAUUCUGAAUGAGGGCUUCAUUCGAUAUACAAUGGACAGACACCACGACACUGAAAACCCUGAUGGUAUUAUCAACUUGGGGACCAGUGAGAACAAACUGUGCUAUGAUGUGCUUCAUAAGCGGCUGACCCAGCCUGACAUGCUUCACAUUCAGCCGACUUUGCUCCAGUAUUCAGACUCAAGAGGACAUGCAUUCCUGAGACAGGAGGUGGCAAAUUUUCUGACUGACUACUGCCAAUCGCCAAAGCCACUGAAAGCUGACAAUGUCGUGGUGAUGAAUGGCUGUACUUCCCUAUUCUCCUGUAUUGGCGCAGUAAUUUGUGACCCUCAAGAUGCCAUUCUCAUAGCUACUCCCUUUUACGGUUCUAUCACUGAUGACGUACUAUUGUACAGUGGUGUGAAACUCUUCUAUGUCCCUCUUGACUGUGAGCCUGAUGGCAAAGAUGGUCGACCCUUCCACCUCACUGUAGAAAAACUAGAAGACGGUCUGAAAAAGGCUAAGCGAGAGGGAACGAACAUCCGAGCUAUUAUACUGAUGAACCCCCACAACCCUCUGGCUGAGAUCUACACCCUCAAGGAGAUGAUUGCUUUCUUGGAGUUUGCCAAAAAGAAUGAGCUCCACGCCAUCGUAGAUGAACUGUACAUGCUGACGAUCUUUGAUGAAUCUGUCACCUUUCAAAGUGUCCUCAGUCUAGACAGUUUGCCUGACCCACAGAGGACACAUGUAAUGUGGGGGAUGAGCAAGGACUUUGCAAUGUCAGGAAUCAGAGUGGGCACGCUGUAUACUGAGAACAGUGACCUGGUGGAGGCUAUAGCCAGGCUGGGUUUGUUUCACAGUGUCUCUGGAAUCACACAGCACCAGGUGGCACAACUGUUGCGGGACAGAGAUUGGGUCAACAAGGAAUUUUUGCCUGAGAACAGAUGCAGACUAAAAGCUGCUCACAGUUAUGUGAAGGAUGAGCUGCAAAGUUUGGGCAUCCCCUACCUGGACUGGCCUGCUGCACUGUUCAUCUGGGUCGACUUAAGAAAGUACCUCAGAGAAGCGUCAUUCAAGGAGGAGUUGUCCCUGUGGAGGCACCUCCUUGAUCACAAACUGGUUGUGAGCUGUGGCCAGGCCUUCUGCUGCUCCACACCUGGCUGGUUCCGUAUCAUCUUUGCAGAGAAAAUGCACCACCUGCAGCUUGGCCUGAAGCGAUUUAAAGAGGCUUUGCAAGAAAUUGGAGAGAAAAGCAGCAGCUUUGGUUUAAACUGUGUCAAAGAUGCCAGUAAGGAGAGCAUCAAAUCCGUAAAAGAGGACAGUGCAGAUUUAGACAAUGCAGCAAUUGUCGAAUCGAAAUCAUCACCCCAGAGCAAGUCAUCCUACCAGCUGCAGGAGAAAGACAGUCCUGUUCCUGACACAGCCUCUCUGGCCACCGAGGAGCUUGUGUUGUUGGAUGGCCAAGCAUCAAAUCCUGAAGAGGGUCUGGACUCUCUGAUUGGUACUCUCAGGCACCAGAUCCGCUCCUCUGAUUGGCUGGAGAAAAACACUCCGGAGCUGUCUGCCGGAGAGGACCCGGAGAUUCUUGAUGUAUUCAAGGCUCUGCUGCAAAGAGCCAGGAAGUAAGCUUACAAAGGCAGGAAUCAAGCUGCCAGAUUUGAAGAGGCAGCACUUCAACACACAGCAUUCCCCCCAUUUAUUGUGAAGGACUUGAUACAAACAACUGACACAGGGUCAGAUCUGAUACCUGUUUCUGAGGGAGGAGGAAACAAUAGAUGAGCACCAGGGAAUGAGAAAAAGAUGAGUAAUGUGAAAAAUGCAAGGCUGGAAGAACAGGAAAAUGAAUCUAGAGGCCUUAUUAAAAUGUGCUUUAUGAGACUUCUCUGCUAUUGUAAUCUAGGCCUAAAAGAUACAUGUUUAUUAUCUCAUAUUUUAAGUCAAUGCCAAAUAAAAAUAACAAAGGAUUUCUAACUGUCUAGUCUUAUAUAUUUGAAGUGUUCAAUCUAAAGUGUAAAUCUUUAUUAUUUGAUCAUAUACACUUUAUUUUAUCAUAAUGUGCUGUCAUUUCUGUAAAGAACAGAAUCUGUGAAUAAAGCCAUGGAUUAUGAUUUCUUCAUUUGACUUACAUUGUGUCUUUACAGAGAUGUCUUUACUUUCCCUUAAACCAAAUUGAGGAAACAUUUUCCAAUUCUAUUUGAUUCCUUCCAUAUCUUCUCUUACACUACCUUCUCUUAUCUUACAUUAUAUUAUCUUGUCUUGCUGUAUGCAUUCUUUAAGUGUGGUGUACACAAAAAAACAGUAAUUUUUUUUGUGGGUGGGCUGUAAGCGACGUUCCAUUGCAGCAAAGGAAAGUGAAGGGGAGGUGAUGAAGAGGAACAAAAACAGAGAUUGAACCAUCAACAACCACAGCACACUGCCUCGCUGUAUAUCUAAUGUCAGUGGGAUUUCCUGAAAAUAGAGACCCGCUGACAACCCACCUAAAAAAUCACAUGCCUACAGUUUCUUCACAAGCAUUUCUCAUAUAAAAGCUCAUUUAACUGUUAUUCAAUCCUAGUUCUUUCUUUCCUUUUUUCAUUAUUUAAAUUUGACACACUCACUUUUCUGCUUCCUGAGACAGAGUGGUCGUUGUUGCUUUCACUUUCUCGACAGUGAGCUGGUGGGCCACAGUGGAGAAUUCACGGGGAAAUUUAGCCGCUGGCUGGGGGAGUUUCCAUUGCAUCAGAGGAGGAGUAACACUGAAGGGUUUGACCUGCGAGUGAGGGCUUGUGGUCAUGAGUUGUAGGAGUACCAAUGCGUCAGACAGUUCACACUAUUUGUACAGCAGUAAAGUAGUUCCUGCAGUAACAGGUAGUUGUCCUGUACAGACUAACCAAGCAGGUUUGUUCCUGAGACCUCUUGUUCCUGAGACCUCUACAACAACAAAGGUGGUACACAAACAUGAAGUUUCUGGAGCUGGGAGACUCCAUCAGUCGCUUCAGGUUGGCUCACUGCUCUGUGGGGUUGGCAGGUUGCCUGUGUGUGUGCUAUGCAGCCUGGACACCUUUCUGGCUGAAUAAUAAGGGACUCUGGACGACAUGGAAUAACACUAGUGACCAGAUAAUUCGUAAAGAUGGCACAGUCUUCAAUGCCCUAGAAGCAGAGAGAGUAUUUGGAGUUCUUGCCUCCCUGAUGGCUGUGAGCACUGCUGCUUUGUGUUUGGUGUUCGCCCUCUGCUGGACAUCUGAGACAGUGCGCUCCUACUCCAAUACUCGCUCUCUCCUCAUGGCAGGACAGGCACUUUAUCCCAGCACAUUGCUGUUGCUCACCAUGGUCUCCACAGGUUUCUUUUUCCUCCUAAGCUGGUCUAUCUUCACUUAUCAUCACAGAGAAGAAAUCCAUCAGGACAUCUCCUGCCUUGGCUCAUCCUAUUGGCUGGGGGCUUUUGGAUGGGUCCUGCUGUUGAUUGUGGAGAUGAUAGUCUUUAUAGCAGAACAAGCUGUCGUUCCAGACAUCCUGCCAGACUUAGAAAAAGCUGUGGAGUCAUGGCGGAUUUCUUCUCAACUUAAGGCUGCCAAACUCUCUUUCAGCGAUGGUUAUCACCGUGGUAACAGCAUAAGCAGCAUGACCGCAGAGAGGUUUACCUGAAGGCUGAAAUGGACAUGAAAGAGAAAAGAAAUGGAAAUGUCUAAGCUGCACAUUAACGCACACAGACUCCAUGAGAAACUGCCUGCUGAGUUAUAGAUCUGUUUGACCAGACUAAGAAUUGAUCAACUUUAAUGUCGGCUUGGGGAGUGAGGAUCCAAAACCCUGAAGUCAGUGGGAGUGAAGGCUUUUUGAACAGCUGAUCAGGCUGGUCAAGCUAAACUUUGUCCUUAGUUUGGACUGAAUAAUAAACAAAGAACACUAAGGAUCAAUAAUACUGAAAAAAACACUUGAUUCUGACAAAGGGAUGUGCAGAUAAAGUCUGCUACAAUGUAGUUGAUACAGUUAGCAUCAUGUUGAUGAAUAUAUGACACAUUUGAUGGUUUGUAACAAGUAGAAAAAGAUUGUUUUCAAAUGUAUAUUCCCUUUGUUGAAAGUGGACUCAAGGUUUUACUACAUGAGGUAUACUAUUGACAAAUACUACUUAUUACACAGCUCUGUAAAGAUCUUGACUGAUUGCUUAUCACAUAUAGCAAUACUUCAAAGCAACUGUGUGCUACUUCCUGAUAGCAGGCUGUUGCUGUGAAGAACAGGCCAUUGCUAGGGAUUUCGCUUUAGUUGCAUCCUCUGGGAGAUUAACUGUAAUCAUACCAGCACACAGAGAGAAGGCCAGAACAGAAACAUGUACCUAAUUGAGGAUGGCGCGUGAAAUAAACACGUAAUAGGAGACUGUAUGAUAUACAGCUGUUUAAUGACUGACAAAUGGAGAAAAAAAAAACACAUAACAGACUGACA